AUGAUGAACGGGCGAGUUAUGCGUGCAGUACUUGUCCGGAACCAGGACGCUAAUGGUGUCGUAAAUGAUGAAGUGCCAAAAUCUGUGCAGUUUGAUGAAUCCAGUGAGCAUUAUCGCUGCCUCUGCAAUUGCUUUCAUAUCAAAACAGGAGCGCUUAUUGUUGCAGGAGCGGAACUUUUGAUGUUGCUAAUAUUCUUUAUCAAUUCACUGCUGAUAAUUGCGGAGCAGGAUACCAGGUUUGAACGAAUCACAGGGAUGCGUGAUAACGAAGUUGUGGGACCAUUCGCUGCAUCGAUGAUAGGAAUUGGCCUUAGUUUUCUAGCAGUGAUAUUACUUCUUAUUGGUAUCAUACGCAGUAUUGCUGCAUUUCUCAUACCUCAUCUGAUCAUACAGAUAAUAGUAAUGGUUUUACUUGUAUUUGCUCUGGCUUGUGGCUUCAUUGCCUUUUCAACGAAUACGACGGUAUUUUAUCGGUUGAUGAAUGCAGCAUCAUUUAAAGAGCAUCCUGGGGCCGUCACUGUCGACCUGGACGCCCAUACCAGUGCUCGAUUUGUCACAGUCUUCAUCCUUUAUCUUGUUUGUCUCGCAUUACAGUGCUGGUUUGUGGUAAUCGUUUACAACUGCUAUCGCUAUCUGGAGGAGCGCUGCCGAUACAUGCACUAUUGCCUAGCAUUCAGCACACCGAUGAAAACACUUUCUUCCCGAUGA